AACCUUAUAAAGCCCCCAUUAAUUUAAUAUCAACAAAGAGCCUCUUUCACUCCACAUGUCCCAAGUUAUUUACACCAAUAAUAAUCUCAAGUCUUGAAAGGAGCUGGUAUAUAUAUAUAUAUAUAGGUACAGUCUUGAGUCACCAAAGCACAAAAACCGGUCAAUGAAGCAACGAACCCACUCCGAAGCCACCAUGGAUAGUCGCCGGAGAAAGAGCACCUCCGGCGACUCCUUCUCGUUCCCAAGCACCCCAAAUCCAGAGUCGGACUUUGAGUUCGAGUCUCUAACGCCGGAUUCACCGUCCAGUGAUCCGUGCAGAACCUCACCAGCAGAUCACCUCUUCUUCCGAACUAGCAGCAUCAGCAGCAAGGACUCUCUCAUGUCUUCUAGAAGCAACAGCAUUAACAGCAGGGGAAGCAGCAGCUGCAGCAGCAGCGCAAGGACAAGCGCCAGUGACGGCUCAGAGAGAAGGUUGCUCCACAGCAAGCUCUCAUCGUUGUCUUCAUCGGCAUCGCCGUCAUGCAAAGGCGUGUAUAUGGGGAAGAGGACCAUGGUUUCAGCUCACCCUCAGGUGUAUGGGUGCUCGCAGAGGUGGCAGUAUUUAACGCCAGUGCCCGCGUUGAAUCGCGACGCCUCGAAGAAACGAACAGGGGAGGUGAAGCAAAAGAAGAAGGAAGACAAGAAAACAAAGAAGAAGAAGAAGAUGAUGAAGAAGAAGAAUAAGGAGAAGAAGGUGCGGUUGCGAUUUGGCCGGAAAAUUUUGCGGUGGUUUGUGAUGGCGUGCAAAGAAUGCCACGCCAUGGAGCCGUCUAAAAUCAAGAAGAAACAUAUCAUGUCUCAACAAAAUGUGAAUACUUAGCUUCUGUAACUUUUCUGAAUCUUUUUUCUUUUAAUAUUUUCUACGUACGUAGAUGGGAUUUUGGGUUUGUAUAUUUGUGAAAUGUGGCUACAAAUUUCCACAUCGAAUUGUUUAUUUUGAUUGUGGUUUUUUAUUUUGGUUUUUUCUUUUUGAAAAAAUAAGUUGGCUUCGUUUUGAUUCUUCCAAAAGU